AUGGGCACUUGGGUAAAGCGACAUAUCAUCAGGAGACGCAGAAUUGGGAAUUUUCCCGGACAUUGGCUUCGCAUCGAGAACAAAAGUCUCGUCCCAAAGGUUUACCCCGAGCUUGCAGCUUGCUGGCCACUCGUUAACAAUGAGACUCUCUCCCAUACUAUCACAACGACAAGCGAGAUAUGCGACCCUUUAGUUUCGUCACUCUUAGACCUGGGGUAUGCAGUGGACCUCGAGAACGAUGAGUCAGGGAGCCGUACUGUCCCGAUCGCAGUAGUUGCGUCCGGGGAGUGUGGCAAUGCUAUUUCUUUAUACAAACUGGACGAAGAUUGCGUGGAUUUGAGGCUGGGUACAACAGUCCGUAUGCGUGUCCCCUCCAUCGAGGAAACUGGAAGUGCCGAGUGGUCUGCACGAGGUGCCCCUGUUCGCCAGAUAUGUUUUGCGCGCACCGUGGAAGAGAAGCCAACGAGGCCUGUUCCUGCUCACAUAUGCCUCGAUAGUGAUCAUAUGUUGCUAGGUAGAUCCCGUAAUUCCCAUCUCGAUGCAAACCCAUUGGUGGAAAUAUCCAAUUCUCAAACUGGCGGCUCUGCACAUGCAGCUGUGACUUUCAAUCCGUGGUACCAGAAGCAAAUUGGUAUUGUUGACGAGAGGGGAAAUUGGAGCAUUUGGGAAAUAUCUGGUCGCCACAGACAGAAUAAAGGUAAUUGGACUGCUGCACGUGUCAAAUAUGGCGCACUACCAUGGCUGGACCUUGGUGACAGCCACGAUAUAGACGGUUAUCCUCGACAUGAUGGAUGGGCGGCCAUAGAGUGGGUUGGAGAUGUCAAUAGCUUCAUUGUCUCUGACAGGCGUUGUCCCAUGCUCUAUCGAAUGGAAGACGGUCAGGCAUGCCCUUAUUCCAUAGAGCUUGGUCUGAAGAAAAAGUCGGAGUGGAUCUUGGAUGUUAAGCGGAGCUCCUGCAACGUAUCUAAUAUCUUCAUUCUAACAACAUCACGGGUCUUCUGGUUUGAUGUCAACACUGACUUGGCUGUAGCCGCUAAAGAUGGGACAAGGCCUUCCCUCUUUCCUCGCUUGUCCUGGCGCCACUUUCGAGAUCCGGAAGACACGACUUUGCGAGUGGCACAUCUGUCCAUAUAUGAGGACCUCUAUCUUGCGCUGUACUCAAGGCUGAGUCACGUUGUACUGGUUUUCCAUUGUCCCGCAGUAUCCACCGGUCACGAUGACAUAGAACCUAUGCCCGACCCGUUUGUUUUGGAUAUCCCGUUGGAGUCUGAAUAUGACGUCGAGUCUCAACCGAGUAUGGCACAAUUUUCAUCACUCGUUUUCAAAAAUAUCAUGCAUCUACCAUCGACGACUGGGAGAGAUGAUUAUGAUCCGGGCCUAAAGCUUAUAAAGCUCUUUGUGCUAGACUCACGCCUAUCUAUCCAUGAAUCAAUAUAUGCUGGGCCUUCCGAUACCGGUGCUUCAGAUAGGCAAGACCUAGAAAAGGAUAUCAUCCGGUUAAAAAGACGCUACCAAACGACACGCCAAGGGAAUUUGCAGUCAUCACGGUCUUACGGGGAUUUCAUAGUUGAUGAUUAUGACGAGUCUGUAGCGGGCCCUGGAACGCCUACUUUCCCAGAUACUGGGAUUUCUAAUAUUACACCACUUGCAAUUUCCCAAUGGAGUAUCGACUUCUCGCAGGUUUAUGAGGUUGCUAUUGGGAGACUCGUGGUUUCACCAGGAGGCGACCCCAGUCAAAGGCAUAAUAAGGGCUUUCAGGAGUCUCUCGAAGAGUUGAAAAGAAAGAUUCCUGCAUGUCCAGAGAGCCAAGCGACGAGUCAGACUCUGCUUGAAAUUCUUGGUCGCAGCUCGCCAUUGGAUGAUGUUGACCAGAAUGCACAGGAUGUUGAGGACUUGCUAUCUGCGCUCCUAACAGACAACGCAUGCACCCACAAACAUCAUCAGCAGCUUAUCGUGCAAUUGCCUGGCCAUCUAAGUUGGCGAUCUACCAAGCCUGUUCAAUCGACAGAGCCUUCUAGGUCUGGCCUGAUAGAGAUAUACGACCAAUCAGUCAAUGAUUGGCUUACUCUGUCGCAUAAUAUACCCGUUCGCGCACGGAUCACGAAGGAGAAAAUUAUCCGAGAUGUUGCAGCCGAUUUUGCCCUGGCACGGGUCGCAGCGCGUAGGAUAAAUUAUGAAUCGAAUGGAACCAACCCCCAAACAACAAAUCAAAAGAGCGCGCCAUCAUCCAAGUCAGAAUUUACCUUUAGAUUCAGGAGCGGGAAACAGACACUCGUCCCGUCUGAAAUCCCAGGAGAGAGUGACUGGAGUAGCUUCGCAACCGAAGGUCAUGGAACAUCUGAUGUAAAACCGAAAUUCCUUGACUCCACACUAGCUUCUUUUACCGAUUUCGAUAGUGAGCGAAAGCGGUUUGUAUCACCAGACGUGGCAAAUAUAUUACAACACUGGCUACCGGAGACAGACCCAGCAACAUAUGACUGGCAAAGAACUAUACAAGCGCUGGAACUGGAGGAAUCGCAAUGGGGCACUAACGAUACAACUCCAAAGCGCAAGCUGAAGAAAAAGAAAGUAGACUCUUUCACUCCUCGUCCAGCGACUUCAAACAGUCAGGUCAUGGAGGAUGACCUUCCCAUGACCCAAGUCGAGCGAGGUGCGUUUGGUGGUCGAGAAGCUGGGAGGAAAAGUACGGCGAAGGCAAAGAAGAAGAAGCGAGCGGCUGGCUUUUAG